UAAUUUCAUAGCUAGCUAGUUCAUAAGUCAAGAAAAUAUAGAGCAAAAUGGACUACAACAUUUUGAUAGGAGUAUAAUUUGCUUAUUUUUUGGUGUAUGGAGUUGUUAUUUGUUCACUUAGAAGAAGCAAAAGAGUUGCACCAGGUCCCUUUCCUUUGCCUAUCAUUGGAAAUCUUCAUUUGCUUGGUGACAAACCUCACAUAUCACUUACUCAACUCGCGAUAAAAUAUGGUCCAAUUAUGAAUCUAAAAUUGGGGCAAAUAAAUACAGUAGUCAUUUCCUCAUCAGUCUUGGCUAAACAAGUCAUGCAAAAGCAAGAUUUGAGCUUUUCCAGCAGAUCUGUUUCUGAUGCACUCUAUGCUUGCAAUCAGUCUGAUUUCUCUGUUGUUUGGUUACCUGUCAACUCUCAAUGGAGAACAUUUCGAAAGAUUAUGAACUCUCACAUCUUCUCACGUCACAAUCUUGAUGUUGGUAAGCAUCUAAGAUCUGAAAAGGUCCAGCAGCUGAUUGACUACUGUCAUAAGAGUGGGCAAAAUUGUGAAGCAGUAAAUAUUGGAAGAGCAGCAUUUAGAACUACCUUAAAUCUGUUGUCCAACACCAUUUUCUCAAAAGAUUUAACUGAUCCAUUCUCUGAUUCUGCUAAGGAAUUUAAGGAUUUGGUGUGGAACAUCAUGGUUGAGGCUGGUGAACCCAAUUUAGUAGACUAUUUCCCCUUUCUCAGGAAAAUUGAUCCACAAGGUAGAAGGCGACACAUGACAAAUCAUUUUACUAAGGUUCUUCAACUUAUGAGUGGUUUAAUUGAUGAGCGAUUAAACGAAAGGAAGAUAAGAAACCAUAUAAAUAGUGAUGUUUUAGAUUCACUUCUCAAUAUUUUCCCUCAAGAAAUCGAUAGGAAUCAUAUCGAGCAUCUUUUCCUUGUGGACAUGUUUGUAGCAGGGAGCGAUACGACAUCAAAUACAUUGGAGUGGGCAAUGGCUGAACUACUCAAGAAUCCACAUACUUUGGAGAAAGCACAAGAAGAACUUGCAGAUGUGAUUGGUAGAGGAAAACUAAUACACCCACCAGUUCCAUUCUUAAUCCCACGCAAAACAGUGGAAGAUGUUGAGUUUUGUGGCUACAUUAUUCCAAAAGACUCACAAGUUCUUGUGAACAUAUGGGCAAUAGGGAAUGACUCUAGUCUAUGGGAAGACCCUUUGGACUUUAAGCCGGAGAGGUUUUGGGAGUCAGAUAUAGAUGUUAGAGGUCGGGAUUUUGAGCUAAUUCCAUUUGGCGCUGGUCGAAGAAUAUGCCCUGGAUUGCCUUUGGCUAUCAAGAUGGUUCCAGUAACACUAGGUUCAAUUCUAAAUACCUUUAAUUGGAAGCUCCAUGGUGGAAUUGCACCUAAAGAUUUGGACAUGGAGGAAAAAUUUGGUAUUACACUGGCAAAAGCUCAACCUCUGUUAGCUAUCCCUGUUCCACUAUAGAGGUUAGAACAAACUUAAGAUUUUAAGUUAGCAAAUUAAGAUUACAAUAGUAUCAGUAUUUCUUUAUACACUAGGUAGUGAUGCCCAUGCCAGACAUGGAUUCAAUGUUUAUGAACAAACACCAAUAUCAUGUAUGUCAUAAACAAAAGGUAUUUAUGUACCAUCACAAUAUUAUCAUUAUACAAAGCUUAGAUCUUAAAGACACGAUGUGUUAUCACUCCUUAGUCCCAAGAGUUUGAAGACUCAAUAAACAAAUAGACGCACGUUCUGUAUAUGAUAAUUUAUGUCCUACAUGUAUUAUGUUACAUAGAAUUCAUAUGUCUACUUGUAUACCGCCAAAGUUGAGGACAUAAAUAUGAAAUGAUGUCAAGUUAAAGUGUA